UCGCUGAGUGCAGAUACGUUUAGUUGAACGUCCUCGUUUUAUGCAGAAUUUGGUCUUGAAAUUGCGCUUUGGGCUUUGGCGUUAUUAUCCAACUUUUCCUGGAUUGUCAAAUAGAGCUCCGAAGACCUAUUGCAACUGGCAAUAUGAUUUGGGGAAAGUCCGAAUCUUAGCUCGGACAAACGCAUCUUCAUACAAUCAUUAACCAGACAAAAUCGAACUGGGGCACCGUGAACGACAUAAAGGAGCUGAGGCAAUCAAGGUGGAAUCUUUCUGAAUCCCGGACGCACCAUGCUGACUUUUACUGGAUGGGUUGUGUGCAUUUUAGUCGGCACCUUUAGUUUGGCAGCAAGUGGGUUAACAGAACUUCGAUGGUGUGUUACUUCUUCUCCUGAGUUGAAAAAGUGCAGCCAAAUGAAGGAAGCUUUUGAAUCUGCUAAAAUUCUACCCUUGAUAUCCUGUGUUACUGGAAACUCAGCCAUGGAUUGUGCAAAAAAGAUAGCGAGCAAAGAAGCAGAUGCGAUGUCUUUGGAUGCUGGGGACCUCUAUCAGGCUGCAAGGGAAUAUAAACUGAAACCAGUGGUUGGAGAGAAGUAUGAUCAAGAAGUUGGAACCUUUUAUUAUGCAGUAGCUGUUGUUAGAAAAUCAGACAGUUCAAUCACAAUCAACAAUCUGAAAACGAAAAAGUCUUGCCACAGUGGAUAUGGUAGAGCAGCAGGAUGGAAAGUUCCAGUUGGUUAUCUGAUUAACACUGGAAAAAUGUCAGUGAUGGGUUGUAAAUUUUCACAAGCUGUGAGUGAUUUCUUCACAAAAAGUUGCAUCCCAGGAGCACAGGGUGUGGAUUUCCCAUCAAGUCUUUGCCAAUUAUGUAUUGGUGAUGAAGAAAACAAAAACAAAUGUGUGGAUCAUUCGAGUGAGAGAUAUUUUGGCGACAGUGGGGCAUUCAGGUGCCUAGCUGAAAAUGCAGGUGAUGUUGCCUUUGUUAAACAUUCUACUGUGUUGGAUAAUACAGAUGGAAAUAAUACCUCUCCAUGGGCACAGAACCUGAGUUCUGUUGAUUAUCAACUCCUCUGUCGAGAUGGAAGCCGUGCUGAAGUUUCAAACUGGAAAGCGUGCCACCUUGCCAGGGUGCCCACCCGUGCAGUGGUAGUGAGAGCAGAUUCUGAUGGCACUGCCAUCUUCAUUUUACUGGAUGCAGGUCAGAAAAAAUUUGGCAUUACCUCUACUGGAUUUAAGAUAUUUGAUUCCACUUCAUAUAAUAGCAAAGACUUGCUGUUCAAAGAUGCCACCAAAGAAUUCUCUCUCAUCAAAAACCAAACUUAUCAGGCUUGGUUGGGGACAGAGUAUCUUGAAUCCUUGAAAGGACUUGAUUGCUACAACUUUCCAGAGACUCUGCGCUGGUGCACACAGUCCAGAAGUGAAAUACUGAAAUGUGCAGCUAUGGCUGAAGCAUUCCAAAGCAAAAACCUGACACCACCAGUUCAAUGCGUUUCAGGUGACAAUCCCAAUGACUGCAUGAUAAAAAUUAAGAAUAAAGAGAUUGAUGCAGUAACCUUGGAUGCAGGACAGAUUUACACUGCUGGAAAGGUAUAUGGAUUGGUGCCUGCUGCAGGGGAAAGUUACACAAAUGGUAAUGAUGGAGCAUCAUAUUACGCUGUGGCAGUAGUAAAAAAGUCGAGUCAUAAUGCCUUCACCAUCGAUCAGCUGAAAGGAAAGAAAUCUUGUCACACUGGGCUGAACAGAACAGCUGGCUGGAAUAUCCCCAUUGGUACACUGAUUGAGAAAGGUGAAAUCAAGGCCGAACAAUGCAAGAUUGGUAAAGCGGUCAGUGAGUUUUUUUCUGCGAGCUGUGUGCCAGGCGCAAAUCAGAAGGGUUAUCCGUCAAAACUUUGUGAAUUGUGCAUCGGGGAUGAGAAGGGGCAAUCAAAGUGUGCCUUCACUACGGAGGAACAAUACAGUGGUUAUACUGGAGCAUUCAGGUGUCUUGUAGAAGUUGGGGAUGUGGCGUUUGUCAAACAUACGACGGUUAUUGAUAACACUGAUGGGAAAAACAAGGAAUCCUGGGCGGUAAAUCUAACAUCCAGUGAUUACCAGCUGCUGUGCCUGAAUGGAGGUCGUGCAGAAGUGAAUCAGUGGAAGGACUGUAACUUGGCCAAGGUUCCAUCUCAUGCAGUGAUGGUCCAUCCUUCCACACCCACCGCUGUUGUCUUUGGGUUACUUGAUAAAGGACAGGGUUUCUUUGGAUCCAACAGUGAUCCCAAUGGCUUUCAGAUGUUUAAUUCAUCAGCAUAUGGCGGAAGCGAUCUGCUCUUUAAAGAUUCUACUGUUAAAAUCAUACCGACAGGAGAGAAAACUACUUAUGAAACCUGGCUUGGAGAAAGCUACCUGGAAGCAAUUAAAAACAUUGAAUGUUCGGGUGCAGCAAAUCCAUCGACAGUGUCGUUGCUGCUUCUACUCAUUUUAAUGUUGCACAGUUUCUGUGUAUAAGCUGCAUGCCUUGACCUGCCACCAAUGAUCCAUUUCAAAUCAGAUACACAGACGAAUUGUCCUUGUUGAACCGAACUACUCGAGGAGAGGCACUGGAAAAUUAGAAAAUAUUUUGCAUCAGACAGAAUUAGUUCAGAACUUAAACUGCUACAGAGUUGCAAAAAAAUGGACUUUAGAGCAAUAAAGGACAGUUAGUUUUCCCAAGUUCACUGUCACAAAAGCCACAAAGCAGCUGAUUUAUGAGUAAUUUGUAGAUUUUAAACAUGUUGUUAUUUUUGUGCAAGCUAUAGUAAAAUGAUUUGGGGUUGAUUGAUUGUUUAGAGGGAAGGUCAUUGUAUGUUGUAACUUAUUAGUCGCAUUGAUCUGUUUACUUAUUCACAGUGUUUCUGUAAAAGCAAAUACCACACCAGUAUGUACAUUCAUCAUUACUGCUGUAGAAGUAAUAAUUUGAAUCUGUUUACAUAUAAUGGAACUUAUGGAUCAAAGUAAUUUAUACAAAUACUUUAAAAUGUAGUUUAGCUAUUCAAUAUUUAGUAUAGAAUCUGUUUGAAGUAUUUCUGCUUAAGCUAAUUGUCAUAUAAUUUACUUAGUCCAUGUUGCCUGUGUAUGCAGUUGUUUGUUGCACAACAGCAGAUCAUUUCUCGUAAAUUUUCCUCCUAUGCAACAGUCAUUGAUACUUGGAAUGACAGCUUUAACUCACUAAUGUAUAGUUUAGAUACAGACAUUGCUGCUGUAAACCUAUUUUUUUUUCUUUGCCAGAACUUUGAAUAAUAUUGCAGGGAUGGUAUUUAACCAAUGAAUUUUAAGAGGAUGAAAAUAGAGUGCACUUGAGCCUAGGUAACGGUGAAAGUUAUCAUGGCUUUGGGAGUCUUGAUUUGGGAGUCUUAAAAUGUGGACAAUGUGUAGGUAAUGGGGAAAGGGUGCAGGAGUUAGCACAGAUACAGUAGGAUUAAUGUAUUCCUUUGGUGCCAUAAAAUCCUAUGAGCAACAACUGCAGCUGUUUUAUUAAAAACACUCAUUUUCCAAA